AUGCUGAAUUCAAAAUCAUUGAAACGACCCAACUCUCCUUGCAUAUGCAGUGAAGCCUUAGUACAUUCAUGCUGUUUCUCCUACAACUCUCAGCUUUUGAAAAACGUCUUAGUUACAGUUACAAAAUCAGAAUUGGUUCUGUUGCCCGUUGAUACCGCUGAAGUAUGGGUUGUACACCGAGGACUGGUCGUGGCCACCAAGGUAUCCCUGGGGCAUCUGGGGGAUUCCACCAGGACCAGCAUGAUACUGUUGCUGCUGUUGAGGUUGUUGUUGCUGCUGAGCAGGCUGUUGGAUCGGCUGUGCAGGAGGGGGCGACUGGUGGGGAGGCGAAUUCUCCUCAGCCUCGUCUUGCGCGGAUUCCUCAGGAGCGUUCAAGCAAGCCUGGAUGAGAUUUUUGCCUUCCGGUUUUGUCACCAGAGGCUGAAGCUUGGGGGUGGUGAAGGUGUAGACGAGUCCAGUUUCGGACACGACGAGCAAAAGCACCUGGGUUCCGGUCAACACCGAAAGCUCGUAAGCCUUCUUCAUGAUGCCAGCCUUACGCUUAGAGAAAGUGAUGUGGCGUCUGGACUUGUCCUGAAUGAAGCGAAUCUCAAUCUUUCUGCGCUCGCGAGUGAGCUUGGAGUUGUCAUCGUCAUCAUCGUCAGGAGCUUGGUUGAGGGGUUGGUCCUCGGCAGGAUCGAGCUUGACGGAGUCUUGGAGGUCGGACAUGAUUGA